AUGGUUCCUUGGAGAGUCCAAGCAAAAGCAAAGCUCCCUGUCCCAAGGAGCUUACAGUCUAGCGGUAUAUUGGGAGCCCUUGUCCCAAAAAAGGUGGAUAUCGGGCAAGACUGCAGUCUCCUUACUAUUGCCGAGUAUCCCAGAAUGCAGUCGGAAGCUCACGGCGCCACAUCUGCUCUGAUGGAAAAUGAAAAGUGCAUUAAACAGAAGAUUCUCCAGGGAGAGGAGGGUGGAAAUGCUGACAUCUGGCAGACCGAACAUUGUCUGAGGUCGGGGCAAGACGGCCACAAACGGACCAACAAUCCACAGCUGGCAGAGAGACAUAAGGUUACAGAAGUUCAGGUGGGAAAGGCAGAGCACUGGCGGUCCGACUCGGAGGAGGAAGAGAAGAUUAUAAGAGAGGCACACGUUGAUGUGAAGACCACAGAUGGCUACCUACUUUGCCUAUUCUGUGUUGGAUUCACCAAAAAGCGUAACAACCAGAUUAGAAAGACUUCUUAUGCCCAGCAUCAGCAAGUGCGUCAGAUCCGCAAGAAGAUGAUGGAAAUCAUGACUCGUGAAGUGCAGACAAAUGACUUGAAAGAAGUUGUUAACAAGCUAAUUCCAGACAGUAUCGGCAAAGACAUUGAAAAGGCCUGCCAGUCCAUCUAUCCUCUACAUGAUGUGUAUGUACGCAAAGUGAAGAUGCUGAAAAAGCCAAAGUUUGAGCUGGGCAAACUUAUGGAACUACAUGGUGAAGGCGGUGGUGCUGGGAAGCCUGCAAGAGAUGAGACAGGCGCCAAAGUAGAGCGGGCUGAUGAAUAUGAACCCCCAGUUCAGGAAUCUGUCUGAGAUGCAUAAUCUGAAUUAGAGCCUGUAAAGAAAAUAAACACUUGUUCUAUAUAUAUAUAUAUAAAAAA